AUUAUGGAGGUCCAAAAUUAUAAAAUCUUCAGGUUUGAAAAGGAGCUUGCUGCUGAAGCACUAUGAGGAAAUGACAGUGGAGAAGGCAUUGGAUUUGACAAAUCCAGAGACCAAUUCUUCCAUACAGCAACAUCUUGAAUCGAGGAAAAGUAAACUACAGUGCCAAGCAGUAGAUGCUUCAGUUGAAGCUUUUGUACGCAUGGCCUUUGACAGAUCAUUAGCAGUCUUAGCUUUGCAGGGUGGAGGGACAAUGGACCAAGCAAUCUGUCCACUGCUCUCGGGACAGGCACCAAACCCCACAGAUGCUGCUAACCAAUCUGAGGCAAUUCCUGCAGUCAAUGCUAACAACAAUAGUCAAUCUGAUGUUGCAAUUGACGUUGCAAAUUCUCUUGCAUCAAUGCUUGAUAAUCAAAAUGGUCAAGUUGGAGGUCCUUCAACGUCUAGUAUUGCAUCAGAGCAUGAACUUGCUGAAGAACUAGCACAAGGAGAUGCUUUCACUGACUAUGAUAUUGAAGUUAAGGUGAAGUCAUAA